AUGGCAGAAUCGAACACCUCUCUCGUGGUACGCGUGCCGGAAGGCGGAUCUCCCAAGCUGGUGCUGGAGGAUCUACCCGUUCCUUCUCCCGGCAGCGGACAGGUCCUUGUGAAGCUGUCACAUGUAGCGCAGAACCCUACAGAUGUGCAAGCAUUUGACUCCAAUGCCUUCGGUGACGGUUCCGUGCUGGGAUGCGAUUUUGUUGGCGAGGUAGUCGAACUAGGAGAGGGCGUUACUCGACUCGCGAAAGGCGAUAUCGUGGCUGGGUUGAUUUGGGGAGGCGAAAUCAAAGGACUCGGAGGCUACAGCACCUACAGUCUCGCCGACGAGAAGAUCUGCUUCAAGAUCCCUACUGGGCUAUCCAGAGAGCAUGCCAGCACCGUGCCUCUUGCAGCCACGACCGCAUGGCUGGCCCUCUAUUCGGAAGACUCGCUCAGCAUCCCUCGUCACAGUCCCGGUACGAGCAUUCUCGUCUGGGGCGGAAGCUCCAGCGUCGGUCUCUACACCAUCCAACUCGCCUCCCUCCACGGCCUCGACAUAAUCACAACCUGCAGUCCCCGCCACGCAGACCUGGUCCGCUCCUACGGCGCCAAACACGUCUUCGACUACCGCGACGAGCAAGUCAUCUCAAAGAUCCGUGCCGUGGCGCCAGACCUCCGUUACGCAUUCGACACCAUCGGCAACGAGACUUCCUCGACGCUAGCUUCGCAGGCCUCGUCGGGCGAGAAUCGGCUCUGUACGGUCCGUCCGGGCAAGGCGUUUACGCAGAACGUCUCGGAAAAGACGCACGUCAGUGACGUUUUGGUUUGGACGGCGUUUUUGAAGGAGCAUCGGUAUGGGGAGUUUUAUUGGCCGGCUUCGAAGCACGAUCAUGAGCUGGCUAGUGAGCUGUUUGAGAAGUUGCCCGGGUGGUUGAGCAAUGGCACUAUCAAACCGAGCGAGCCGAAGGUGUAUGAGGGUCUGAAGUCGGUGACAGAGGGCUUUCAGGAGCAUCGGGAGGGUAAGAUCUCUGGUUAUAAGAUUGUGUAUAAGGUUUGA